AUGGAGACGUCGGGCGCCGGCGGACGGUGCCCGGUGCAAGAGCAGCGUGCCCGCUGGGAGCGGAAGCGCACCUGCACUGCCCGGGAGCUGCUGCAGACCGAGCGGCGCUACCAGGAACAGCUGGGGCUGGUGGCCACGUACUUCGUGGGGAUUCUGAGAGCCAAGGGCACCCUGCGAGCGGCCGAGCGCCACGCCCUGUUUGGGCCCUGGGAGCUCAUUUACGGCGCCAGCCAAGACCUGCUUCCCUACCUUGAAGGAGGGCACUGGGGACAGGGGCUGGAAAGCUUCUGCCCUCACCUUGAGCUCUACACCCAGUUCGCUGCCAACGCAGAGAAGUCGCGGACCACCCUGCAGGAGCAACUAAAGAAGAACAAACGUUUCCGGAGGUUUGUGCGACUUCAGGAAGGCCGCCCUGAGUUUGGGAGCCUUCGUCUUCAGGACCUGCUCCCUCUGCCUCUGCAGAGACUCCAGCAGUAUGAGAAUCUUGUCAUGGCUUUGGCUGAAAAUACAGUUCCUAGCAGCCCUGACCACCAGCAGCUCACACGGGCUGCCCGGCUGAUAAGUGAGACUGCCCAGAGAGUCCACAGCAUUGGUCAGAGACAGAGGAAUGACCAGCACCUCCGGCGCAUUCAGGCUUUGCUCAGCGGCCGCCAGGCAAAAGGACUCACCUCAGGUCGCUGGUUCCUGCGCCAGGGCUGGCUGUUGGUAGUGCCUCCCCGUGGGGAGCCUCGGCCCCGAAUGUUCUUCCUCUUCUCUGAUGUGCUCCUCAUGGCCAAACCUCGACCCCCACUGCACCUGCUGCAGAGUGGCACCUUUGCCUGCCGUGCCCUCUAUCCCAUGGCCCAGUGUCAACUCCACAGGGUCUUUGGCCACUCAGGAGGCCCCUGUGGUGGACUGCUCAGUCUGUCCUUUCCCCACGAGAAGCUACUGCUUAUGUGCACUGACCAGGAGGAGCUGUUGCACUGGCACCACAGUUUGACUUUGGCCAUCAGCAGUCAGAAGAACUAG